UAAGAUCCGAGUCCUUCUGUCGAAGCCCAAAAUUCCUCUGAUCAGUUUUCUUUCCGUUAUCUGCUCACGGUUAUCAUGGCUUAUCCAGUCAGCCCAGCUAUGUCUAACCCAAUGCAGCCCCUCCUAAUGCACGGAAUGCAGCAGCCACUGUUAUAUGGGGCGCAGACCUCACCAAACCCGGUGCCUGGAUAUGAGGGAACUGGUGCUAUGUCUAACCCAGUGCAGCCCCCCCUAAUGCACGGAAUGCAGCAGCCACUGUUAUACGGGGCGCAGACCUCACCAAACCCGGUGCCUGGAUAUGAGGGAACUGGUGCUAUGUGUAACCCAGUGCAGCCCCCCCUAAUGCACGGAAUGCAGCAGCCACCGUUAUACGGGGCGCAGACCUCACCAAACCCGGUGCCUGGAUAUGAGGGAAUUGGUGGUGGAUUUCUUCCUCCUCCACCUAUCCAACCAAUGCCAACUCCUGAUGUACAGCCAGCACAUGAGUGGAGUAUCCCUGCUCUUACCAAAGAAGAGGCCCAAGAGGCUUUUCACAACUUUGCAAACAGCAAUUGCUGUUAUUCAGCUGAUCCAGCGACAGAUGGUGUGAUCACCAAUAUGGAACAGUUCAACACCUACCGAUAUCGUCUGGAGACUUACACAGAAUCCAGAAAAACGGAGUGGGCCACCAAGCCUUAUGAGGGUCAGCCAGUGACUGCCCACGCACAGGUUGCUCCUAAUCCGUGGCAAGUCCCGGUUCAAGUGCCAGCCAUGUUUAAAAACUCUACUCAGGAUGUCGAAGUUCCCUACACAGCAUCAGUCAAGCCAUGUGACACAUGUUCUGCCUCAGGAAAACGUCAGUGUAAGAGUUGUGGUGGAUCCAGCACUAAACAGUGCACGGCUUGUGGAGGCUCAGGCAGAGUUAAUGGAGAAGCAGCUUGUGAAACAUGCAAUGGCAGAGGCAAAGUGAACUGCCCUGAUUGUUCGGGUCAGGGAACAACUGUAUGUGAUACCUGCAAAGGGAAACAACAGCUAUUAAUGUAUAUCAAGCUUAUAGUGGAAUGGAAAAACAAUGUUGAUGAUUUUGUUGUGGAGCAGUCAAGUGGUCUGGAACAAAGUAAACUGGAUGCAGUUACUGGGAAGAAACUCAUAAAAGAUACCAAGUUCAUGGUGUAUCCUUUGAACGGAUUUCCAGAAAGCAGUACAGCUCAAGCAUCUGAAAGACUGAUCAAGGAGCAUCACAGCAAAUUUUCCCAGACAUCGCGCAUCAUACAGCAGCAACAAAGUGUUGAGCUGAUUCCCAUCACUAAGGUGACAUACCAGUGGAAGGAAAAAGACUACGUUUACUUUGUUUAUGGUAUUGAGCUGAAGGUCAAAGCAAUUGACUAUCCAGAACAGUGUUGCUGCACUAUCAUUUAAAAACCCAGAAGAAGAAUCAUAAACUGCCUGGAUGAGUGAUAUUAUCUGUUGUUGUUUUCAUUAUCAUUAUCAUUUAACGGAACGAUUUGGUAAAAAAAAAUUAAUUUUAUCGCAGAUAUAAAUUUUUUUGGACUGGCAAGGGUAAAUCUUGACCUCAACUCUCUACUGGAAAGAGCAACAGGUUCUUCAUAAUCUCAAAACCUCCUAGGUCCUGGCUCUUAAAUUUGAAGGUGGAAUUGUGCUGGAAAAACAAAUGCAUGCAGCUGAUAUUAUUAUCUCAUCUCAUCUCAUCUCAUUAUCUCUAGCCGCUUUAUCCAGUUCUACAGGGUCGCAGGCAAGCUGGAGCCUAUCCCAGCUGACUACAGGCGAAAGGCGGGGUACACCCUGGACAAGUCGCCAGGUCAUCACAGGGCUGACACAUAGACACAGACAACCAUUCACACUCACAUUCACACCUACGGUCAAUUUAGAGUCACCAGUUAACCUAACCUGCAUGUCUUUGGACUGUGGGGGAAACCGGAGCACCCGGAGGAAACCCACGUGGACACGGGGAGAACAUGCAAACUCCGCACAGAAAGGCCUUCGCCGGCCAUGGGGCUCGAACCCAGACCUUUUUGCUGUGAGGCGACAGCGCUAACCACUACGCCACCGUAACGCCAUAUAUAUAUAUAUAUAUAUAUAUAUAUAUAUAUAUAUAUAUAUAUAUAUA